AUCAUCGGCCAGAUCUAUGGCCUACUUUGUAAUCGAUGCUCCAUAGUUUGUUGAUUUUUAUGAUAUACUUUUAAAUCUAAUAGAUAAAAUACGAUUUUCAAUGAUAUAGUAAUAAGUGACUUGAUCGUUAUGGCACAAAUAGAUGAGAUUAAGAAAAUUUUGAGGAGCCUUUUAGUGUCAGCUCCUGUUAAAGUUACAGUUUUUAGUUUGAAUAGAGAUUUUAAAUCUCUUGAAGGAUAUUAUAUUCCCUUCAAAGAAUUAGGAUAUAAUUCAUUACUACACUUAUUACAUUCAAUACCAGACGUUUUGAGGGUGAAUGGAUCGUCCUUCGAUUCAGAAGUUACCUUGGUAAUAACUGAAAAGGUAGCUCAUGUAAAUGAUAUGGUGAUGAAACAAAAGAGACCAACUAAGGGGAAAAAUGCAUUUGCCGGUAGAAAAAGUUUUAUUCAAUCUACAAUCAAAGGUCCUUCUAAUAGAAUUAAUGUAUCCAGUUUCAAAAGUGGUGCAAUUAAAAAGAUUCAAAAUAAUAUUAGAUGUGAGACAGGAAAGUCUUCAUUGUCCAUUAAUUAUCUCAAAGGUGUAAGUGAAUUAUCACCUUUUCCAAGGUCCUUUCCGAACAAUUUUAGUGGCCCUAGUUUCACAAAACAUUCACAACAGAGGGUUCAGGAAAAUGAAUUAAAUUUUCUUGAAAAUUCAACUGAAGCUGUUAAUAGUUUUUCUUAUAGUAAAGAAGAUAAUUGUUCUAUAUCUAGAGCUUGUGAAGAUGACAUGAAUUCACAUUUGCCAAAAAAAUUAAUAUCACCAAACUGUGAGAGAGUGCCGAGUUUAGUAAAUCAUAUGCCACAUAAUACUCAUAUAAAAGAAAUUGAUGUUGAUAAAGAAUACUCAAAAAUUCAGUCAAACUUUCAAAAACUUAAAAUUAGUAGAUUGAAAAAUAAGCACACUGAAGACUUUAGUGAAAACAGAACAGUGAGAACAAAAAAUGAAACGUCACCUUUAAAUUAUCAUACGAUAGAGGGUGGAGGAAUAAUAACUUUUGAAAAUGAAAGCAGUAAGGUUCCAAUUGGAAUACAAAAUAGACUAAGAAAAUUAAUCAAAUUCUAUUCUUCUGGAAUACGAUGUACAGACCUGCCUUCCCUAUAUAGAAAAAUGUUUCAUAGAAAUCUUGAAUAUCAAACAUAUGGAUUUAAUCGAUUAAUUAACCUUUGUAUACAUUUAGAUAGUAUUUUUUAUUGUGAAGAGGAAUCAGACUGUGAUUUUAAAUUAUAUGAUAAAGAUAAUCCUCCAGUACAAGAAGUACAAAUGAAUGAAAAAUUGAAUGGUUCGAAUAGAUCCGAUAUUAUCACAAGGACAAUUGAUAUUUCUCAAAUUAAAGCUGUGAAAUCUAGAGAUUGGGAUAUUCACAUAGAUUGUAUACCAGAAGAUAUUCUUGAAUUGGGUGAAAUUGUAAAUAGUAAUUCCCUGAAUGAAUAUGUUGUUAAUGAUACUUUUCAAAUAGUUAUUAGUGAAAUUUGUGAUCCUAGUAAAUUUUGGAUCUAUAAAAAUGAUGGACAUUUAGAUGAAAUGAUGAAUUCUAUGCAAAAUUUUUACAAGGAGAACAAAUCAAAAUAUCUUAUUCCAGAAUUUUUGAUUGAAGUGGGUUUAUAUUGUGUUGUAUAUACUCUAAAUGAAUUUCAGAGAUCAGUCGUUGUUGACCUUCUACAAGAUGUAGGUGGACAUGUCAGAGUAUAUCUCAUAGAUUUUGGAACAAUGACGAAUUUAUCAAGAGAAAAAAUUUGGUUUUUAUCAAAAGAAUUUUGUACUUUACCAGCUCAAGCGGUAGAAGCAAAAUUAGCUGGAAUUGAACCAAAAGACGGAGAUGUUUGGACUAAACAAAGCAUUGUUAGAUUUAAAAAUAUGGUAGUUUCAAAAUACAUAUUUGCCAAAAUUUUAGAUAAAAAAGAUCAAAUACUCAGUGUUGAUGUUUCUGCAAUGAAUAUACCCCUUAGAACUUUGAACGAUUUAUUGGUGCAGGAAGAAUAUGCUAAAUAUACUCCUAACUGUGAUUUACAGGAUUCUACUGCCAGUAAUGAUGAUAUUGCAAUUGCAGAAACAAAUCCCAGGAAAAAAUUUAUUGACCGAAUUCGAUGGAAAAAUAUGAUGAAACAAUAAUUAUGUAUAUAAUUGAUAUUGAUGUAUAUUUUAGAAUAAUUUUAAUUUUACACAGA